CGCACAAUUCGCAGAAGAUUGCUACACUAAACUGUGAAGAUAACACGUUAUGCCAAUGCUCCUAAUGUAAAAGCUGGCUUAUAACCCAUCGUCAGCAACAUUACUAGAUACAAUAUGGCUAGUUCUCUAGUGACUGUUUGGCUUCUUUGUCUUAUAUCAUUCGGGUAUUGUCUAACAAAAGACGACGAUGCUAAAAGGCAAGACGAUACCCAGCAUCUUGAACGUGAUGGACGGUCUGAUGGAAGUACUGCAAUUUCCUCGUGUCCAGUAAUUCAAAAGGAAAUUCCACGUAACUGUCAUCACGCCCUACAGCUUGGCAACUCUCACAGUGGGAUUUAUGAGAUCGACCCACGUGAUGGCCUUGGGUCACUCAAAGUCUACUGUGAUAUGAAAACGGACGGUGGAGGAUGGACUGUAUUCCAAAGAAGAAGGGAUGGAUCAGAAAUUUUUUAUCGCACUUGGCUUGAGUAUCAACAAGGAUUUGGAGAACUGAAUGGUGAAUUCUGGCUUGGACUUGAUGCAAUUCAUCGGCUUACAGUUGAUGUUACUCUCAGAAUUGACAUGAUGGCGCCAGACAACAGCAAAGCAUACGCAAAGUACGACGACUUCAGUAUUGGAAAUGAAAAAUCCAAGUAUGUUAUCUACUUUGGAAGAUACAGUGGAACAGCAGGUGAUGCUCUGAAAAUUCACAAAGGAAUGAAAUUUUCUACCCAUGACCAAGACAACGACACGUACAGCAAAAACUGUGCUGUUGAAUUUAAAGGAGCCUGGUGGUAUAUCAACUGUUAUGACAGUAACUUGAAUGGCGAAUACGCAUAUGGCAGAUCAGGACAGCACCUCGUUGUCUGGGAAACUUUUCAAGGAACAAAGUGUUUACAGAAAGUGGAAAUAAAACUGAAAUGAUACAAGACAGACUUCAUAAAUAUUUCAAUUUUUGCAUGCAUUCUUUGCAUGUUAGAGAAACUUUUGAAUUAGAAAAACUCUUGUUUUUCAGUUCUUACUUGGUACUUCAUUUUUGCUUACAUAAAUAGAAGUAGUAGAAUUGCUUUGAAAAAAGGCUAAAGAACAAAGUAGAGUGUCCAAUAAAAGGCU